AUGGAGAAGGAUGGCGACAAUGUUAUGGUGGUGGUUGCUGCUGCCGCCGCCACUACCAUCUCUCCGGCGAAAUCUGAAUUAGGGAAGAAGAAUAAGAAGAAGGCGAAGAAGAAGUUUAGCAUCAUCCGCGCCACCUUCAUCGCCGUCCGUCGUUUCUUCUCCAAGAACAAGCCCCGCAUCGGCAAGGAGAUUGCCAUCCUGAAACCCAGCAACGGCGGCGACGGCGUGCUGAAGGGCCUCGGCUUCGUCGGGACGGUUCGCCCUCUGUGUCUCCAGGGUGAUCAUCGCAGCCAGAGUUUGCCGCCUCUUCUGCCCCCGCCGCCGCCCUCCGGGCACGAGGCGUUCCACGACGUGUGCUCCCCGCCGCACGCCGCUUCCCCCUCCAACGAAGAUUGUAUCAGCCGCUACGCGUCUGCGGAGGACCUGCACGCGCUUGACGAUCCAGCGGUGGAGGAGGGAAGCGGCGGCGGAGGCGAUGGGGCUCCGAAAGUGGUCGACGAGUGGGCUGAGGAGUUCAUCGCCAAGUUCUACCACCAGAUGUGUCUUCAGCGUCAGAAUUCCGUGGAUGAUCGCGAAGAGGCCCAGGAAGACAAGACCAUCUGA